UAACCGACUAGGUGUCUUGGGAUCAAUCAAGUCCUCGAUCGAUAAGAAGCCCCUUGCCCACCUACCUAGCUCCCGGCCAUCCAAGCGUAACCGGCACUCAGCAAGAGACACGCGCCAAGAUGUGCGUCACCUACCCAUACUACAACCCGGCCAGGGACAUACCGUCCCUCGCGGGAAAGGUCGUCCUCAUCACCGGAGACACCUCAGGUACAGGGAAGGAGGCGGCAGCAGAGAUUUCCCGGUACGGCCGGCCGGCACAAGUUUGGAUCGCCGGACGACGGGCAGAGGAAGGCGGCCGCGCGAUCGCCCACAUCCGCAAGUGGUGCGGCGCCACACCGCCGAGGUCAGCCACGAGCGAGCCCGAGCCGGCGCAGCGCCUGGAGGACAUGUACCCGACCUCGGGCGGCAGGCGGAGGGGCGGCACCGCCGCGAGCCAAGCCCGCUGGGAGAGCGACCACGGCAGCAACCAAAGCAGCGCCGGGACCCCGAGCAGCAGCGCGGCGAGCAUCACGCCCGCCACCACCACCAGCAGCGCCAGCAGCCGGAGCCGCGGCAGCAGCAUCGGCGGCGAUGGCCAGGCGGCGGCGGGGUCGGCGUCGGCGUCGGCGUCGGCCGCCACCACGACAGUGCGGUUCCUGUACAUGGACCUCGCGUCCCUUGAGUCGGUGCGCGACGCGGCGGCGCGCUUCCUCACCUCGGUCGACCGGCUCGACAUCUUGAUCCUCGGCGCGGGCGAGAUCGCCAUGCCGCCCGGCGUAACGGUCGAGGGCUACGAGCGCCACAUGGGCGUCAACCACCUGGGCCACGCGCUGCUGCUUAAGCUGCUGAUGCGGCUGCUGGUGCGCACCGCGACCUGCGACGCCGUCGGCUCCGACGUGCGCGUCGUCAGCGUAAGUUCCAUGGCGCACCGCUUCGCCACCUCCAAGGGCAUCGACUUCGACACGCUCAAGCCGGGCCAGCACGGGCCGCCGCCGCAGCAGCAGCAGCAGCAGCACCACCACCAGGACGCGUCGUCGUCGUCGUCGCCGACGCGGCCCUCGAGCGCCGCCUCCACGUUCCGCUCCCCCGGUCACUACUACCACCACGACGCGGGGGACCCGUACCCGUCGCCGUCCCCCUCGCGCUCGGCCGCCGACGACGAGGACGAGGACGACGUCCGUACCACCUCGGCGCUGCUGCUCUACGGCCAGAGCAAGCUGGCCAACAUCCUGUACGCGCGCGAGCUGGCCGAGCGCUGCCCGCUCUUUACCACCGUGUCCAUCAACCCGGGCAUAUCCAAGACCGAGGCCGACGGAUGCACCGGCGGCGGCGGUGGCGGUGGCGCCGGGAGAAACGCCACGCAGCGCGCGCGGUCGGGCAGCCCGCUCAUGGAGCGGGUCCGCCGCGUCAUCCUGCCCUUCUUCGGCCUCGACAUGUGCGAGGCCAUCAAGAACCACCUCUGGGCCGCCACCGCCAAGGGCGUCGAGAGCGGCGAGUACUACGAGCCCGUCGGCGUGCCGUCCAGGGGAACUGCCUUUGCGCAAGACAGGGUCCUGGGCUGGCGGCUCUGGGAGUGGACCCAGAAGGAGCUCGAGGGCUACUCGCUGCCCGAGAACCUCGGUGCUGGGUGACUGGCCGGGCAGAGUUUAUCGUUUUCUUGCCUUUUGAUCUUGUGCCAGAGAAGCCUCGUGGAGGCCUUGCUGAUUUAUUUGGCCACCGCGCUCGAGUCAUCGGAAUCUGUCGAUAUAUACACCCUUGCAUGUUCGUCGUGUCUGCUUGUUGUUGUCAUCAGUCAUUAGGAUAUUUAAACAGGUGGGCAACGGGGAAAAAGAUCGUGAUAAUGUAAUUAACAACCAAGAGGACAAUGUGCAAGGUAGAUGUGGCUGUUUGGUGCAGCCAUGGCACUUGAG